AUGGGAAAGGAGAAGCCAGAAAUAGAAGAAAAGGACCGGGUCCUUGUGACCGGCAGGCCAGCAACCCACAGACCAGACAACAAGGUUGUGACCUCACGCUACACCGCAGCGACAUUUCUGCCAGUGGCAAUUCUGGAACAAUUCCGGCGUUUUGCCAAUCUCUACUUUCUCUGCGUUGGAUGUAUCAUGGCGAUCGGUUACUACACACCGGCAUUCGAUUCAGCCAUCAAUCCCUGGACAACACUGGGACCCUUGGGUAUCGUUGUUUCCUUCAGUUUGAUGGUGGAAGCUUCAGCCGACAUUAAGCGACAUAAGAACGACGAGGAAACAAACAACGCAACCUGUGUCAUUCUGCGAAGAACUGAGGAAUUGGAGGCUGAAGAAGGCGCUGAACGUGACGAAGAAAUGGCAGAUGGAAAGGAUGUAGUAGUAGACGUCAACACAACCUACAUGAGAGCAGGAGACACGGCUGUCGACAACCGACCCGAAAAACCCAAGGGAGAUUCCGCCCGAAUCAGCUUUCAAAAGGUCCGCAGAAUGGACAUUCUGCAGGGACAAAUCAUCGUAGUCAAGAAUCGAGAAAUGGUCCCUGCAGAUAUGAUCCUGAUUGCCAGCAGUAGCGAAAAUGGCAGCAGUUACAUUGAAACAAGCUCCAUCGAUGGAGAAACCAAUCUAAAACUCAGAACAAGCCCGCAUCUGCCAACCAAACUUCUGAGACACUUGAAACACGGUACGCCGAUGGAUGAGAUGGAGCCGAUUGCCGAGGGUGACGAAGAUGAUUUUUCAGGUGGCACUGAGACCUUGGAGGAAGCCACCAGACGAGUUAGUCGGUUUUCCUCUCUCUGCCUUCCCAAGGGAGUUUGUGUUUUGAGAAAUCCUGACUACAAAGGUGUCACGACACUCGACGAUGCUGGCAACGAUGGAGGAGAUGAAGAAGGCAUGUUCUCAGCAUUCAAACCUCAUAUGGUGGAAGCUGUGAAGAAAUACACCGACAAAGAUGUACCAGUCGACAAGAACACAAAAUAUGUAGCAACGCUCACAUCCGAGCCACCCAAUCCUCACGUCAACACUUUCACGGGAAAGAUGACGCUGCCUCCCGUUGAAGAGAACGGCGAAUGCUGGGAUAUUCCAUUGGGGGCUGAAAACAUUUUGCUCAGAGGAGCUGUCGUACGCAACACGGAAUGGGUCCUAGGACUGGUCGUCUUUACGGGGACAGAUACCAAGCUGGUCCGCAACUCUUUCGAAACCCCUUCCAAGUUCAGCCAGCUGGAUAAGCUGAUGAAUCAGACAGUGUUGUUGAUCCUCAUGCUGAUGGCAGUCAUCAUCUCGUACUUAUCAACCCAAUCGGUGGUUACGACGAGAAGAAAAUUCGACCAUUUGUGGUAUGUCGGGCUCAAUGAAAAUACUAGCGAACCAUGGCCAUAUCUUCCAGAUAUGGAUGCACCUGCAUGGGUCCCGACGCAAAAAAACUGGGUCCAAAUGUUUUUCUUGUUUAUCACGCUGCUGAAUAACUUGGUUCCUUUGAGUUUGUAUGUCACCGUCGAAUUCGUGACAUACUGCAGUCUCUUUUGGGUGUGGGCGGACCUAGACAUGUACUGCGACCAAACAAACACACGGGCUGUUGCUCGGAGCACCAUCAUCACUGAUUUGGGACGAGUCGAGUAUAUAUUUUCCGAUAAGACUGGAACGUUGACACAAAACGUUAUGCGCUUCAAGCGCUGUUCAGUGGAUGGUAUGAUGUUUGGAUCGCCAAUUACAAAGAGUAAGCCAGGUGCUGACGAAGCUCCUGCAUCAGAGUUUCACCCCUUGAAACGCCUGUUGGUGGGAAACGUCAAGCUCCCCAUGGCAAGCGGGUUGCAAGGCCUGGGGGCUUCCUCAGGAGAAUACGAAAUCAAAGCCGAUAAAAAGCUCACACUGAACGCAGAGAUGUUUAUUCGUGUCUUGGCCCUCUGCCACACAGUCGUGGUGGAGAAAGAUUAUGACAUGAAGAAGAAAAAGGCUGAAGACGGUGGGAAACCAGCAGAAACCGCUCCGAUGGUUCUAGGUGGUCCACAAGGGCCUGAUGGCGCGCCCCUUGGCUUUGCCUACCAGGCCGAGAGCCCAGACGAAGGUGCAUUGGUUUCCGCUGCCAGCAAAACUUUCGGCUUCCAAGUUAUCACCCGCGACUCCAGUGGUAUCCGUCUAUGUGUGAAGUGUCCCUCUCACCUGCGGGACCCUGCAAUUGUCUCGGCACUCAAGGAUGGUUCAAAGACCCUCCUCAGUCUUGCUGCCUCCAGCGCUACGAACAUAGAUUACAGCGACUCUCCUGACGAAGAGGUUGAGGUGGUCACCGAAGAAACUUGGGAGAUUCUUGCAGUGAACAAAUUCGAUUCCGACAGAAAGAGGAUGUCGAUCCUACUGCGUGCCCCAUCCGAGUUGGGAUCACUCCCAGUUCUCUUCUGCAAAGGAGCAGAUUCGGCUAUGCUCGACAGGGACGUUUGCACUGGACUACCUGCUGAAGACGAUGACGCAAAGCUUGCCCAAAGAGCUUUCUCGCGAGCCGCAAAGGCAAUUGAGACUCAGCUGUACAUUGUGGGUGCAACGGCGAUCGAAGACAAGCUGCAGGUGGGAGUGCCGAACACAAUCGCGACGCUCGAGAAUGCUGGAAUCAAACUCUGGGUGCUGACUGGGGACAAGAGGGAAACCGCUGUCGAAAUUGGCUAUUCUACUCACGUCCUCACGGAUAAGAUGCACUUGACACAAGUCCCGGAUAACGGAGAAGGGCAUGUCCGAACUCAAAUGAGCAUGGAAUUCAUCAGACUGGUGAAGCUAGGGAAGCUGCCUCUCUACCAGCGUUCCAUUGUGGACGAAGAAGAGAAAAUGAGUUGGACGAGUAUCAAGUUUUCCCUUGGAAAGUGCUACCGAGCCUUCACACGAUCUCUUCGGACUUGCUUCUACAGUAUUUUUUUCACGUUGGGAAUAUGGAAAGAUUGGGCGGAAGGUAAACUUGAGAUCAUCAAAGAAGAGGAGAAGGGCGAAGAGCUACUCGUUCCAGAUCGUGUGCGAAUGAAGAGAGUACGCGACCGUGCUGAUGAGGUUAUCAAGGAUUGGUUGAAAUCUGCCGAGGGAGUCCGGCAGCGUAGGAAAAGCGCUCAUCAGAGCCACGUCUCGGUUGACGACGCUGCAUCGCUGGCGUCGGAAGAGGUACCCCGCGUGUUCUCGCGAGCCACGUCGGCAAGGAAUAUGCUUUCUAGUCUUUCUGUUGAAGGCGGUCUUUCGCAAAAUGAAAGGCGCUCGCUUUCGCUGGCCCAUGUCACUGCAGCGAAUGCUUCCCGGGACGAUGAUGGACCCAUCGUCGACGAAGACACCCUUUCAAUGGCCAGCUUCUUUCCGGACCCCAAGGCCAAAACCAGAGGCGAUUUUGACCGGAGGAAACGAACGUUGCUGGAACGUCUUUUCGCUGUUGACCGCGAUGUGCGAAAGGGCAAGCUCAUGAAGCACAUGAACAGCGAGCGACUGGCAACGAUUCUGGAACAACAACAACACGGACCUGGUAUUAAUGUCCCAGCGCCACACGAUGGGCCCAGGGCACUGGUCAUCGAAGGAGCCGCCUUGAAGCAUUUGCUUGGGGACCCAGAGCUAGAAGAGGUUCUGUUUGCCGUUGCUUCAAACUGUGAAGCUGUCAUUGCAUGUCGAGUGAGCCCGAAACAAAAAGCCCUUCUCGUGGGUCUUGUUCGAAAGAAGGUGAUACCAGAGCCCGUGACCCUUGCAAUAGGAGACGGGGCGAACGAUGUUGGAAUGAUUCAGGAAGCCCACGUCGGUAUUGGAAUAUCGGGAAAAGAGGGCAAGCAAGCCGUGAAUGCAUCCGACUUCGCGAUCGCCCAGUUCCGAUUUUUGGAGAGCCUUGUUCUGAUACAUGGUCGAUGGGAUUUCUUUCGCCUAUCCACAGUCGUGCUCUUCUCUUUCUACAAGAAUGCAGUGAUGGUUGGCUGUAUCGUCGUCUUUUCCGGACAAACAAUUUUUAGUGGAACUCCGCUCUUCGAUGAAUGGACUAUCAGUGUACUGAACUUCAUUUGUGGUAUCCCCAUUGUUGUUCUCGGAUUGUUUGACCAAACCCUGAGUAAAGAGUACGUCCGGAAGCACCCGGAGACGUACCACGCAACUCGCGACAAUGAGACUCUGAGUAUGCGAAUGCGAGCUCGCUGGGUGUUGAUUUGCUUCGUGCACAUCUUCACGAUCUACUACAUGUCAGUAAACCCUCACCAGUACGGAGGAGGCUACACGUCUGCUUUCGACGGGUUGAUGGCUUCUGGCUUUGAACAGAUUGGCGACGGGGAGGGAGGGGACCACAAGAGUGUCGGUUUGGUAGCUUAUACCAACGUUGUGUCUGUACUCGCCCUGAAGGUUUUGUUUGAAGGAAAAGCCCUUGUUCACGGCCACUGGCCUGCGUUUACCUGCCGAAAGGAUGUCGGCGAAGGUUUCUUUAGCCGUGUGGCGUACACAUGGCAUGGUGUCAUCUGGGGUACCUUCGUCUUUUACAUUUUCUUCAUCAGUGUCUACUCGAUUUUGGGUCGAGGUGGUCCCAGUCCUUGGUCUGAUUUUGUGGAGGUUGGCCGCCAUGUUUUUACGACUCGAGUGCAGACCUGGCUAUUGAUCAUGUUCACACCUUUGGUGGCAAUGACUUUCGAUGUUGUCUUCAAAGUGUUUUCAAACAUGUUCUAUCCAACGCAGACUCAGCUGCACCUCGAGAUUGAGUGCAAUCAACGACUCGACCGCACUCUAUUCGAACGCGAUAUGGCCCUGAGUUCUCGGCAAAGUCAACAAUCUCAACAAGUGCGGUCCGAAGUUCAGCUGUGA